AUGGCGUCGAAGCAACACGCUGACGCUGCUAAGCAACACAAGUACGCCCACAAACCAGUUCCAUCAAAGAUACCAAAACAUAACAUGUCAAAGGACAAGAAGGAAGAAACAGAAACCGAAAAACCAAUACAGUUAAAGGAUAUUCACGAUAUGAUGAAGGCCAUGAUGACGAAACUUGAAAAGCUGGACUUCAUCGAGAUCAAAGUUCACGCAGUAGAGGAAGAUUUGAGAAAAAUGAGAGAUUCUAUUGAAUAUGUACACGCGGAGGUAGAUGAUUUAAAAGCUGAAAACAUUGGACGAAAGAAAACGGAUGAAGAUACAAAACAGCGACUAGAGAAACUACAGAAAGAAAACGAGAUUUUAAAUAAGAGCGUCAUUGACCUUAAAGCAAGGUCAAUGCGCGAUAUUAAACCUUUUUUUUAUAACUUGCCCGAAAGUAAAGAUGAAGAUACAACCAACCUAAUACAUGGACUACUGGAAGAAAAGCUUGAUAUCAAGGAUGCCAGAGUCAAUGUAAAGAUCGACAGAUCGCAUAGGCUCGGUAAACCGAAGUCAGGAACGACAAGACCGCGACCCAUUGUCGCAAAAUUUAACUACUUUCAGGACCGUGAACAAAUACGUCGCAAUGCAAGGAAAUUGAAGGGCACAAAGUUGGCAAUAGGUGAGCAAUUUCCCGAGAAAAUAAUGAAGAUCCGCAAGGAACUAUAUCCUGAAUUUAAAAAAGAGAGGGAGGGAAGUGG